AUGAAGGUAAAUGGGCAUUACUGGGGAUCAGUCAAUGGAAUCUAUGGGGUCAACAAAGAACAAUGCGGAUCAAUGGGGGACAUCUCCCAGCUGGCCAUCAACACCGCCACCGUCUACAUGCACCGAUUCUACAUGGUGCAGUCCUUCACCCAGUUCCACCGAUUUACGAUGGCACCAGUGGCUCUGCUUUUGGCAUCCAAGGUGGAAGAGCAAAAGCGUGCCUCACAGGAGAUCAUCAAGGCAGCACAUUCCUGCCUGCAUCCCCUGGAACCUCCUCUAGAGCCCGAGAGUGAGGCUUUCCUGCAGCAAGGCUGAGACCUGGUGGCUCUGGAGUCAGUCAUCCUGGAGAGCCUGGGUUUUGAGAUCCUCAUUGACCACCCUCAUACCCACGUGGUGAAGUGUGUGCAGCUCGUGCAAG